AUGAAUUAUGUGGGAAAUGCACAUCUUAUCAACGACACUAUAAACUCCUUCGCCUGGACCAACCUUCAAGUGGUUGUGAAAGAUCGGAAAACAAAAGCGCCUCUGACUAUUCUCUCCGAUGCAACAGGAAUUGUCAAUGCUGGGGAGAUGCUCGCCAUUCUGGGGCCUAGCGGCUCCGGUAAGACUACUCUCUUGAAUGCGCUCGCACACAAGGCAGCAGCUACAAAUGCAGUCACUACUGGAAAUAUUUUAGUCAAUGGUCACAAGAUAUCUCUUCAGCAGAUUCGUCAUCUAUCUACCUAUGUUGAGCAGGAGGAUGCCCUUAUUGGCAGCCUUACAAUUAAGGAAACUAUGGUGUUUGCUGCACGACUAUCCCUUCCAAGUACAAUAAGCAAGAAAGAGGCUUUCAAACGCGUCGAUGAUCUUAUAGCCGCCUUUGGCCUACAGACUCAAGCACAUACUAUCGUUGGCACACCGAUUAAAAAAGGUCUUAGUGGCGGUCAAAAGAAGCGGCUUGGUAUUGCUAGUCGGCUAGUGACAAACCCAAGAAUCAUUUUUUUAGACGAACCAACAAGUGGACUAGAUUCCGCCCUCAGCCUCGAAGUGUGCGCCUAUAUCAAAGACAUCGGGGUUAAGAACAAUCUUAUUACAAUAGCAUCGAUUCACCAGCCAUCUUCUGCAACAUUUCAACAGUUUGAUAAAUUAUAUCUGCUGUCUGGCGGACGAACUUGCUACUUUGGCCCAGUAUCGGAAGCGACCGCAUAUUUCGCCAAGAUUGGCUACACAAUCCCACCUGAGACCAACUCAGCAGAUUUUUUCCUCGAUCUUAUCAACACUGAUCUUGAUAAGAAUGGUGACAUUCAUCGUCGAACAGAUCAUGUCUGUCAGGCUUGGAAAACGUCUUCCGAUUGCAAGGACCUUGACGUUGCCAUUCAAACGUCCAUAGAAGGAACAUCAUUAUAUUCAGAUGUCAAGAUUCAACCCUCGGAAUCAUGGAAAACCCCUGGAAUACUUAUUCACCGCUCGUGGAUCAAGUCUUACAGAGAUGUGCUGGCCUACGGUAUUCGCAUCGCCAUGUAUCUUGGGUUAGCCAUUCUUAUGGGCACCGUCUUCCUGCGCUUUAAAACAGAGCAAUCAUACAUACAGCCUCUCAUUAACGCCAUUUUCUUCGGUGGUGCCUUCAUGUCAUUCAUGGCUGUCGCCUAUGUCCCAGCUUUUCUUGAAGAUUUGGGCACUUUCCGACAGGAACGUGCGAAUGGGCUAGUCAGCCCCCUUUCCUUUACGGUGGCCAACUUUAUCAUUGGUCUUCCAUUUCUCUUUGCGAUUACUUUUCUAUUCUCCGUCGUCACAUACUGGCUCUCCAAUUUCCGUCCCGAUGGAUCUGCAUUCUUUGCAUGGAUCCUCUGGCUUUUCCUUGAUCUUGUUGCAGCCGAGUCUUUGGUUGUAUUAAUGUCUUCAAUCUUUGACAUAUUUGUGGUUGCAUUGGCGACAACAGCCUUUGCUAAUGGACUUUGGAUGUGUGUAAACGGUUUCCUAGUCCCUAUGAACAUACUGAAUCCAUUUUGGAAGUAUGUUUUUCACUACAUUGACUACCAAGCAUAUGUCUUCCAAGGCAUGAUGGUUAAUGAGUUCGGACACCGUGACUAUCAAUGUGAUGAGAUAUCCAAAGGUAAAUAUCAAUGCAAUUAUCCAAGCGACUUGAACUCCAUCGGGAAGAUUCGUGGGACCGACAUCUUGCGCCAAUUCAGCAUCAAGACGGGCCAAGAGGGUACAUGGAUAGGCAUUAUGAUCGGUAUCAUUGCUGGUUACCGAUUGCUUGCUUAUAUUGUAUUGGUUUUGAAAAGUAGAACGUGA